AUGAAGCCACAGAUUGAAGAAGAGUUAGAUCGUCUUGUAAAAGAUGGAGUUCUGGAGAAAGUCGAUACAAGUGAAUGGGCAACCCCUAUAGUACCUGUUCCUAAGAAGGAAGGCAUUAGGAUCUGUGGGGACUUCAAAGUGACCAUUAAUCCAUUGUUGGAAGUAGACCAACAUCCCUUGCCUAAAAUUGAAGACAUAUUUGCGUCACUAGGGAAAGGCAAAUCAUUUUCAAAGAUUGAUUUGAAAAAUGCAUACCUACAGGUUGAAGUAGAUGAGGAUAGCAAACAGUAUCUGACAAUUAGCACACAUAAAGGUCUUUUUCGAUAUAAUCGUCUCGUAUUUGGAAUCGCAUCAGCCCCAGCAAUCUUUCAGAGAUUGAUUGAACAGGUUGUAGGAGAUAUUCCUAACGUAGAAGUGAUAUUAGAUGACAUGAUAGUCACAGGACAGGAUGACAAUGAACACUUAGAAACACUCGAAAAAGUUCUGAGUCGGUUGAGUGAAUAUGGGUUAAAAGUGAAUGUCGAGAAAUGUGUGUUCAUGAAUGACAAAGUGGUGUUCUGUGGCCAUGAGAUUACCAAAGAUGGUCUCCACAAGACAACUGAGAAAAUUAACGCAAUAAAAGAUGCACCGCCAAUUAAAAAUGUCAGAGAUCUAAGAUCAUUCCUAGGACUUGUCCAGUAUUACGCUAAGUUUUUGCCAAAUUUGGCAACAGUGUUACAUCCCCUGCAUCAACUAUUGACCAAGAAUGCUAAAUGGAAGUGGACCAAAGCGUGUCAAGAUGCAGUUACCAAAGUGAAGGAGAUGAUAACAUCUGAUCUAGUACUGAUCAACUAUGAUCCUGAUCUACCGAUUAUUCUCGCGUGCGACGCAAGCUCUUUCGGAAUCGGAACAGUUCUCAGUCACAAGCUACUUAAUGGUACAGAGCGACCGAUAGCUUUUGCAUCGCGUAGUCUCAAUAAAGCUGAAAAGAACUAUAGUCAAAUUGACAAAGAAGCACUUAGCUUGAUCUGGGGAAUCAAGAAAUUUAACUCUUACUUAUACGGAGGAAGGUUUACUCUAGUGACAGACCACAAACCGUUAUUGUCGAUCUUUAGUCCCAGCAAAGGAAUUAGCGCUACGACCGCAGCUAGAUUACAACGAUAUGCUUUGUUUCUAAGUGGAUACCAGUAUGAUAUUGUUUACCGGUAUACAAAGCAGCAUGGAAAUUGUGACUCACUAUCAAGGUUACCGCUUGAAACGUCAAAUGCUCUAGAAGCUGAUGAAACCGAUGUCUUCUUUAGUAAACAGUUAGAUACUUUACCUGUUAGUAGUGAUCAAGUAGCGCUUGAAACAAAACGUGACAGGAUUUUAUCAAAUGUACUUGAAUAUGUCGCGAAAGGAAAACCGAUGAAUAGUUAUGAAAUGUCGGCAGUGUAUCAACCGUUCAUGAACAGACAAUCACAAAUAUCGGUUCACCAAGGAUGCUUAAUGUGGGGACUCAGAGUAAUUAUCCCUUAUUCCUUGCGGAAUUCUGUACUACAGGAGUUGCAUUCUGGACAUCUUGGAAUUGUCAAGAUGAAAUCCUUGGCAAGAAGCUACGUCUGGUGGCCAGGAAUCGAUAAAGAUUUGGAGGGAAUUGCUCAAUCAUGUUAUGGGUGUCUCACACGCGAAGCCUAG